UAAUUUCAGGGUAUCUUUGGGGGUGUGAUUUCAGAGUGUCCUUUGGGGUAUAAUUUCAGGGUAUCCUCUGGGGUAUGACUGUUGGGUAUCCUCUGGGGUAUGACUGUUGGGUAUCUUUUGGGGUAUGACUGUUGGCUAUCCUUUGGAAUAUGACUGCUGGGUAUCCUCUGGGGCAUGACUUUUGGUGUCAAUUCUGGUGGCCCGUUCGGAAGUUUUUUGGGCUUGCCCUUGUUUCUUCUGGAGUGUGCUUUAUCCUUUGGUUAUUGUUUGGGUGGUUUUUGGGGCAAUUCUUGGUGAGCCGUGGUGAGCCUCUCUGGUGGCCCUUUCGCAGCCUGGAGCGCGUUCCGGGGCCUCUCAGCCUCCGGUCCUGUGCGGUUCUCAUUCUGUCCCUUGGGUCCCUUUCUCCCUGUGCUUUCUAUCCCAUUCCCCCUCUUCUCUAUUCUCUGUUCUCUCUUUUUCCCGUUUUUUCUCCUUGUUCUUUCUUCCCUUUUCGUGUUCUUUUUUUCUUUCUUUAGUUUUCUUUCCCGAUUUCGGUGGUCUCCAGGUGCUCUGGAGGAAUACACGCUCUAGAGGAACACACGCUAUAGAAGCGCACCCACAGGGCGAGGCGACAAUCAGCGGGCCAGGAGGAAGGACAUCCUGGGGCGAGGUCCCCCGCCAAAUCUCAGAAAGACCCACGCAUUCAA